UGGUGGUCCGCACGUUUCUUGUUAAGGGUUCAAUAGAUCCAGCUAAAGAUAAGAAAGGGAACACUAUGAGGUAUGAAAAUGUUUAUCUCAUCAACUGUGUGCUGUUCAAGAUGAAAAGCAGCCGAGCCUACAAAUUCCUACGAGAAAUGCAGCUCCUACCGCUGCCAGGAUUGUCUACCAUACGAAGAUUAAUGAGCUCAUCACAAUGUGUUUUGGGCUUCAACAAACUAGCCUUGGAAAACAUUUGUGAAGCAAUGUCAGGAAAAUCUGCACAUGAACGUUGGGGUGGAGUAAUGUUAGACGAGAUGGCAAAUGCCAAAGGAAUCGAUUUCGACACAUGUACUCUUCCUUGGAAGGGAACUGUAGAUUAUGGUGGAGAAAUCUCCGACUUGGUUCCCAAUGGCCUUGCUGACCAUAUCCUGGUAUUUGUUUUCCGACCCUACUUAGCUGGUUGGAUACAACCUUUCGCUUGGUUCGGUACCAAAGGUGGUGCCUCUGGUACUAUCUUGGUAGAACUAAUCAUCAAAGCUUUUGCAUGCCUACACAAUCAUGGCGCAAUUGCUAAACAUGUCGUUUUUGAUGGAAAUCAAACGAACAAAUCGUUAAUGAAGCAAUUUGGAAUAUCGGGAGAAGAAGAGGGAGCAAGUUGCCUUGAUCAUCCACUUCAACCUGAUUCCAAAAUUCAUUUUAUGGUGGACGUUCCACAUUUAUUGAAAGUUGUAAGAAACAAUAUGGAAUCACAUCGUUGUGUACAGUUCCAGGGACAUUUGGUCAAUUAUAAACAUUACGAGGAAUUGUUUGAUUUCGCAAAGACGAAGCAAAUCACCCUUGGAUAUCACCUAUCCUACGCUCACAUCCACCCGAACAACUUUCAAAAAAUGAAUGUUCGUUUAUGCGCACAACUAUUUUCAAACAAAACUGCGAUGGCGUUCAACAUCUUAAGGAAUCAACAAGAAGACACAGAAGGACAGAAAACAUAG